AUUAUCCACUUGCGGUUCUUUUCUGUUUUUCUAAGCCUUUCCUUUUCCUCUCUCCCUCUCUCUCCAUUUCUCAUUUAUUGUUUCUGUUACCUUCGCCGGAAAACCGCCUCCCUCCUCCGCCAACAGCUAUUUCUCCGACUAAGGAAGUCUUGUUCGCUGGGUCGUGACUCAGAUUUGGAUCUCCGAGUUUGACCAGGUCCGGUUGAGUGCGCGGCUCGUUGUGAGAAUGUGGCGAGUUCGGUUGACGUUUGACGCUCUGGUUUGAUAGCAAAUGCUGAAGAUCGUGACCUAGUUUCUGCUUUUUGCUCAUUUUGCGUUUUUUUCCCAUUGGAUCGUUCGUUUUGGUGAAUCGCGGCAAAACGGUGGCGCGCAAAGAAUCAUUGCGGCCUGAGAUGGUGGAAUGAAGGGUGCGUUGUCCAAGGAGGUUAAAAAUGGGUUAGAAUUAUUGAAGCAUAAAAGGCUUCAACGGAUAAAAUCAGAAUCUGUCUCUGGAGCUUCUGAUGUCAUAAGUAUGAUGGCUAGAAGUGGAGGAGAUGCUUUGAGAGUUUCAGCAUCAUGUGGAGUGAGGUUACAAGGGAUUGCAGAGUCAUUUUCUAGGUCAAAUGGUGUUUCAUGUGAGAAGGAUGUCUUUUCUAAGCACAAGGUUGAUAAGUUUGACGUUUGUGAUCUAGAAUGGACUGAAAAAAUUCCAGAAUGUCCUGUGUACUGCCCUACAAAGGAAGAGUUUGAAGAUCCUUUGGUUUAUUUGCAGAAGAUAGCUCCCGAAGCUUCGAGAUAUGGUAUUUGCAAGAUUGUUUCCCCUGUGGUUGCUACUGUUCCAGCUGGAGUUGUAUUGAUGAGGGAGAAAGUAGGCUUCAAGUUCACAACUAGAGUACAGCCGUUUCGUCUUGCCGAGUGGGAUACUGAUGACAGAAUCACCUUUUUCAUGAGUGGAAUAAAUUAUACAUUUCGUGAUUUCGAGAGAAUGGCGAACAAGGUGUUUACUCGUAGAUAUUAUAGUGCUGGUUGUCUUUCCGCAACAUACUUGGAAAAAGAAUUUUGGCAUGAAAUUGCUUAUGGGAAGACAGAAAGUGUUGAAUAUGCUUGUGAUGUUGAGGGUAGUGCCUUUUCUUCUUCUCCCAGUGAUCCACUUGGAAGUAGCAAAUGGAAUUUAGAGCUAUUCUCACGGCUACAAAAGUCCACCUUGCGCCUUCUUGAAACAGCAAUCCCGGGAGUAACUGAUCCUAUGCUUUACAUAGGAAUGCUAUUUAGUAUGUUUGCCUGGCAUGUGGAAGAUCACUAUUUGUAUAGCAUUAACUAUCAUCACUGUGGGGCUUCAAAAACUUGGUACAGCGUGCCUGGUCACGCUGCUUUAAAUUUUGAGAAGGUUGUCAAAGAUCAUGUGUACACUAACGAUAUCCUAUCUGUGGAUGGCGAAGAUGGAGCUUUUGAUGCGCUUUUGGGGAAAACAACGUUAUUUCCUCCAAGUAUUUUGCUGAAACAUGAUGUCCCUGUCUACAAGGCUGUGCAGAAGCCUGGAGAGUUCGUAAUUACUUUUCCAAGCGCAUAUCAUGCUGGAUUCAGUCAUGGUUUCAACUGUGGCGAGGCUGUGAAUUUUGCUAUCGGUGAUUGGUUUCCUUUGGGGGCUGUAGCUAGCUUGCGCUAUGCACAUCUCAGCAGGGUUCCUCUCCUUCCGCAUGAGGAACUUCUCUGCAAAGAAGCUAUGCUUCUGUAUACAGGUUUAGAACUGGAAGAUUUGGAUUAUUCACCGGCAGACUUGGCCUCUCAUCAUUGCAUCAAGCUUUCAUUCGUAAAGCUGAUGCGUUUCCUGCACCGGGCGCGUUGGUCUGUCAUGAAAUCAAGGGCAUGCGCCAGUAUAUCCCCAAAUUAUUAUAGAACAAUCGUCUGCACUUUAUGCAAACGUGAUUGUUAUGUUGCUUUCAUUAACUGCAGCUGUUACGCUCAUCCUGUUUGCCUGCGACAUGGUAUCAAGUCACUAGACUUCCCCUGUGGGAGCUAUUAUGGUCUUUUCUUGAGGGUUGAUGUUGGAGAGAUGGAAGCUGCUGCCAAGAAGUUUGAGCAAGAUGAUGCCAUAUCAAAAGAAAUUGAGCAACAACCUGAAAAUGGUGAUGACUUGUAUUUUUAUCCACUGUCAACUAAGUUACAGACUGAUGUAGAGGAUUUAUACUUCCCAUACUGUGAGAUUAAUGUUGCAUUGAGUCCUGAGAUUGCUUCAAUAAAUACAACGGGUGAACCUCUAGGAAAUAUAUCUUCUAUGAACCAGGACUCCGGAAAAAUUCAAACUGAGCUGACUGAUGCUUUCUCUUCUUUUGCCACAUCAACUCCUUUUACCAUUUUGGAGCAAGUUGGAUCCUCACCAAAAAAUGUACAGAGGGUAGCUAACCAAGUAAGCGCGAUUGGUAAAAGAUUCCCAGAAGAAGUCUCAGAAAAUAGACAAGAAUCAUCUGCUUCUUGUCUGUCAUGUGAAGAUCAUCCAAGUAUCCUUCUGGAUAAUGUUCAUAAACCAGUUAAUAGGUCUAUAAUGGACGGAGACAGCGAUAGUUCUGAUUCACCGAUAUUUAGGGUUAAACGGCCUUCCUUUUUGAAGGUUGAGAAGAGAUUUGUGAAUGACACCAUGUCAUCAAAGAACUCAGAACAACAGGGGUUCAAACGGUUAAAGAAACUCCAACAUGAAGGAAGAUGUGAGCAGCCAGUGCCAUCUGAAUCCGAAUGUUGUAGACAUGACCAACCAAAUCGCAAUAUUAAUCGCAGUUCUUAUUGUAAAGAAGCUCCAAAUAUUGAUGUGAAGGACAGGUUUGGAAGAGUUGCCCUUCCCAUUCCCAUUUCCAUCAAGUAUAAGAAGCUGGAGGGUGAGGCGGAAAUGAGCAGGCAGCAAGAGCACCACCGAAAUGAUGGGUUGCGGCAGGAGUUAGGAAAAAGCAAGAGGGAACCUCCUUCAGAGAUUGGUCCAAAGAGCCUUAAAGUGAGAGGGCCAGUUUAUAGGUGUGCAGAAACUGAUGGUUUGUGACCCUGGACUCGGAUUGAGCUACAUUCCCUCUAAAUGGAGUUCUAACAACAACAUUGAAAUUCCAAAUGAUGAAUUCAGCUCAGGAAGCAGCAGUGCAAGAUUAACCAAAGCUUAGGAUAUUAAUAUUUUUAUUCUUUGUGCAGGCCUCCAAAACUGGGGCAAAUUGCACGUCGUAGUAGCGAUUCUUGCGGUUCUAACUCACGCCUGAGGUGUUUUCUGUCUAUGGCAGGAGAACCAACCUUACCAAAAUGUAGAAUUUGGGUUGGUGUAAUUUACUUUCUUGUAAAUUUAUUCAUUUUAGACGUAUGCUGCUUCCCCUGCCAGCCUCUUUAUUCUUUUCAUGUA